AUGUACUCGGAGUGGAGGUCUCUGCACCUGGUGGUGCAGAGCGACCAGGGCCACCUGAGUGUCCUUCACUCGUACCCUCCGGCAAUUGGGCGCGAUGUGGCCAAUGCAGUGGUUAAACCCCUGGGGGUGACCCUGGGACACCCCAUCCACUGACAACCUGCUCAAGACAGACAAAGAGGUAGGAAGCCUUUGCUGACAACAACAGGUGUUUUUGCAGAGCUGAAUCAGAUAGGUGUAACUAAGCUGUAAGGGUGAAGACUUUAGUUUUAAUGUAACAUGCACAAGUACAGUGAAUACUAGAAAAAAAACAUAAGAGAAAUAUGAAAUACACAACAAGUAAGUAAGCAUACUAUAUACGGGGUCAGUUCCAAUACCAUAUUUACAAUGUGCAGGGAUACUGGAGUGAUGGAUGUAGAUAUGUAUAGGGGUAAGGUGACUAUAUACAGGGUCAGUUCCAAUACCAUAUUAACAAUGUGCAGGGAUACUGGAGUGAUGGAUGUAGAUAUGUAUAGGGGUAAGGUGAAUAUAUAUACAGGGUAAGUUCCAAUACCAUAUUAACAAUGUGCAGGGAUACUGGAGUGAUUGAGGUAGAUAUGUAUGGGGUAAGGUGACUAGGCAUCAGGAUAUAAGAUAAACAGAGUAGCAGCAGCUUGUAAGUGAGUGGUUGUGUGUGUAGAGUCAUUAUAAAUGUACAGUGCCUAUUUUGUUGCAUUACAACCUGUAAUUUAAAUUGAUUUUUAUUUGGAUUUCAUCUAAUGGACAUACACAAAAUAGUCAAAAUUGGUGAAGUGAAAUGAAAAAAAUAACUUGUUUCAAAAAAUUCUAAAAAAUUAAUAACGGAAAAGUGGUGCGUGCAUAUGUAUUCACACCUUUGCUAUGAAGCACCUAAAUAAGAUCUGGUGCAACCAAUUACCUUAAGAAGUCACAUAAUUAGUUAAAUAAAGUCCACCUGUGUGCAAUCUAAGUGUCACAUGAUCUGUCACAUGAUCCCAGUAUAUAUACACCUGUUCUGAAAGGCCCCAGAGUCUGCAACACCACUAAGCAAGGGGCACCACCAAGCAAGAGGCACCAUGAAGACCAAGGAGCUCUCCAAACAGGUCAGGGACAAAGUUGUGGAGAAGUACUGAUCAGGGUUGGGUUAUAAAAAAAUAUCAGAAACUUUGAACAUCCCAUGGAGCACAAUUAAAAAAUUGAAAGAAUAUGGCACCACAACAAACCUGCCAAGAGAGGGCCGCCCAAUCAGAGAGGCAACAAAGUGACCAAAGAUAACCCUGAAGGAGCUGCAAAGCUCCACAGCGGAGAUUGGAGUAUCUGUCCAUACAGUGAGGGAAAAAAGUAUUUGAUCCCCUGCUGAUUUUGUACAUUUGCCCACUGACAAAGACAUGAUCAGUCUAUAAUUUUAAUGGUAUGUUUAUUUGAACAGAGAGAGACAGAAUAACAACAAAAAAAUCCAGAAAAAUGCAUGUCAAAAAUGUUAUAAAUUGAUUUGCAUUUUAAUGAGGGAAAUAAGUAUUUGACCCCUCUGCAAAACAUGACUUAGUACUUGGUGGCAAAACCCUUGUUGGCAAUCACAGAGGUCAGACGUUUCUUGUAGUUGGCCACCAGGUUUGCACACAUAUCAGGAGGGAUUUUGUCCCACUCCUCUUUGCAGAUCUUCUCCAAGUCAUUAAGGUUUCGAGGCUGACGUUUGGCAACUCGAACCUUCAGCUCCCUCCACAGAUUUUCUAUGGGAUUAAGGUCUGGAGACUGGCUAGGCCACUCCAGGACCUUAAUGUGCUUCUUCUUGAGCCACUCCUUUGUUGCCUUGGCCGUGUGUUUUGGGUCAUUGUCAUGCUGGAAUACCCAUCCACGACCCAUUUUCAAUGCCCUGGCUGAGGGAAGGAGGUUCUCACCCAAGAUUUGACGGUACAUGGCCCCGUCCAUCGUCCCUUUGAUGCAGUCAAGUUGUCCUGUCCCCUUAGCAGAAAAACACCCCCAAAGCAUAAUGUUUCCACCUCCAUGUUUGAUGGUGGGGAUGGUGUUAUUGGGGUCAUAGGCAGCAUUCCUCCUCUUCCAAACACAGCGAGUUAAGUUGAUGCCAAAGAGCUCGAUUUUGGUCUCAUCUGACCACAACACUUUCACCCAGUUCUCCUCUGAAUCAUUAGAUGUUCAUUGGCAAACUUCAGACGGGCCUGUAUAUGUGCUUUCUUGAGCAGGGGGACCUUGCGGGCGCUGCAGGAUUUCAGUCCUUCACGGCGUAGUGUGUUACCAAUUGUUUUCUUGUUGACUAUGGUCUCAGCUGCCUUGAGAUCAUUGACAAGACCUCCCGUGUAGUUCUGCGCUGUUUCCUCACCGUUCUCAUGAUCAUUGCAACUCCACGAGGUGAGAUCUUGUAUGGAGCCCCAGGACAAGGGAGAUUGACAGUUAUUUUGUGUUUCUUCCAUUUGCGAAUAAUCGCACCAACUGUUGUCACCUUCUCACCAAGCUGCAUGGCAAUGGUCUUGUAGCCCAUUCCAGCCUUGUGUAGGUCUACAAUCUUGUCCCUGACAUCCUUGGAGAGCUCUUUGGUCUUGGCCAUGGUGGAGAGUUUGGAAUCUGAUUGAUUGAUUGCUUCUGUGGACAGGUGUCUUUUAUACAGGUAACAAGCUGAGAUUAGGAGCACUCCCUUUAAUAGUGUGCUCCUAAUCUCAGCUCGUUACCUGUAUAAAAGACACCUGCGAGCCAGAAAUCUUUCUGAUUGAGAGGGGGUCAAAUACUUAUUUCCCUCAUUAAAAUGCAAAUCAAUUUAUAACACGUGUUUUUCUGGAUUUUUUUGUUGUUAUUCUGUCUCUCACUGUUCAAAUAAACCUACCAUUAAAAUUAUAGACUGAUCAUUUCUUUGUCAGUGGGCAAACAUACAAAAUCAACAGGGGAUCAAAUACUUUUUUCCCUCACUGUAGGACCACUUUAAGCCGUACACUCCACAGAGCUGGGCUUUACGGAAGAGUGGCCAGAAAAAAAGCCAUUGCUUACAGAAAAAAAGAGGGUACUCUGGUCAGAUGAGACUAAAAUUGAGCUUUUUGGCCAUCAAGGAAAACGCUAUGUCUGGCGCAAACCCAACACAUCUCAUCACUCCGUGAACACCAUCCCCACAGGGAAGCAUGGUGGUGGCAGCAUCAUGCUGUGGAGAUGUUUUUCAUCGGCAGGGACUGGGAAACUGGUCAGAAUUGAAGGAAUGAUGGAUGGCACUAAAUACAAGGACAUUCUUGAGGGAAACCUGUUUCAGUCUUCCAGAGAUUUGAGAGUGGGAAGGAGGUUCACCUUCCAGCAGGACAAUGAUCCUAAGCAUACUGCUAAAGCAACACUUGAGUGGUUUAAGGGGAAACAUUUAAAUGUCUUGGAAUGGCCUAGUCAAAGCCCAGACCUCAAUCCAAUUGAGAAUCUGUGGUGUGACUUAAAGAUUGCUGUACACCAGCGGAACCCAUCCAACUUGAAGGAGCUGGAGCAGUUUUGCCUUGAAGAAUGGGCAAAAAUCCCAGUGGCUAGAUGUGCCAAGGUUGUAGAGACAUACCCCAAGAGACUUGCAGCUGUAAUUACUGCAAAAGGUGGGUCUACAAAGUAUUGACUUUGGGGGGGUGAAUAGUUAUGCACGCUCAAGUUUAUUUCUUGUUUGUUUCACAAUUUUUUUUAUUUUGCAUCUUCAAAGUGGUAGGCAUGUUGUGUAAAUCAAAUGAUACAAACCCCAAAAAAUCAAUUUUCAUUUCAGGUUGUAAGGCAACAAAAUAGAAAAAAUGCCAAGGGGGGUGAAUACUUUUGCUAGCCGCUUUACGUGCAUGUUAUGUGUGAAUGUGUAGGGCCCUGUGAGUGUGCAUAGAGACUAAAAGAAAAAGGUCAAUGAGGAUACAAGGUUGACUCAGUCUGUGUAGCUAUUUUGUUAGCUAUUUAUCAGUCUUAUUGCUUGGGGAUAGAAGCUGUUCAAGAGCCUGUUGGUGCCAGACUUGAUGCACCAGUACCGCUUGCCGUGCGGAAGCAAAGAGAAUAGUCUAUGGCUUGGGUGGUUGGAGUCUUUAACCAUUUUCCGGGCCUUCCUACCACACCGCCUGAUAUAGAUGUCCUGGAUGGCAUGGAGCUCGGUCCCAGUGAUGUACUGGGCUGUCUGCACCACCCUCUGUAGAGCCAUGCGAUCGAGGGCGGUGCUAUUGCCAUACCAGGCAGUGAUGCAGCCAGUCAAAAUGCUCUUAAUGGUCCAGCUGUAGAACUUUUUUAGGAUUUCAAGGCCCAUGCCAAACUUUUUCAACCUCCUGAGGGGGAAGCGGCGCUGUCACGCCUUCUUCACUACUGUGCGCGUGUGUUUGGACAAUGUUUUCAUGACUUUAUAGUGAUUUGGACACAGAGGAAUUUGAAGCUCUCAACCUCCUCCACUGCGGCCCCGUCGAUGUGGAUGGGGCGUGCUCAACCCCUCUCCCCCUCUCCCCCUGUUUCCUGUAGUCCACGAUCAGCUCCUUGGUCUUACUGACGUUGAGGGAGAGGUUGUUGUUCUGGCACCACACUGCCAGGUCACUGACCUCCUCCCUGUAGGCUGAGAUUUGACUUGACUUGGCCCAAUUGUUGCAGCAUUUUACAUUCAAGGGGAAUAGAAAGUGAAGUUAGAAUGCCAACUUGUUUCUAGGGUAGUUGAUGUUUGCUCUAUGUAUGGGGAGGGUAUUUUAAUGUCAAGGUCAACUUCAUUGGCACUUAUUCUAAUUGAAAAGUAAAAGUUUCUUCCGUCUUUAGCUCCAAGUUCCUCUGACAUUGUGUUUGAGGAACUAGGCAGAACAUAAGCUACAUGACCUUAACACGCCCUUGAUGGGCUUUUUCAGUCCCUUAUUUUUAUAAAACCAAGGAGGCUGAACGGUCACCUGCACAUUAGGACUCAACUACCUCCUGGCGAAUGGAAACUUUUUUAUUUUUUAUUUUUUUUGUACUGCACGCUUGAUUGAAACCCAUACACACACACACACACACACACACACACCACCUCCCCCUCUACAUUCCAUUGUGUUUUCAAAUCUCUUCUCUCUCUGAUUGUUGCUGGGUGAAAAAUAGUAUUUGGCUUUACCCCCUUUUGUCCUUGCUGCUCACUUCCUCAUCAUGUUUGCCUUGUCGCUCGGACAGCCCCAGGCCUCUGGGCUCGCUUGAUAACAUUGAGAGGAUUUCCUGUGUAUCCCCCUGGGGCAUUCGACCCCUGCAACUUUAUUGACUGUUUCUCCACCCCAGUGGACUACGGCUCCUUGAGCUCGCCCCAGUCCCAGUCCCAGCAGCCAUUUAGAGGAAUGGCUUGAUUGUAAUAGGGCCAGGCUAAGGAAAAAUGUAAGCCAUCUGCCAAAGAAUGUACGCAUUCUCUUAUUAAGUGCCUCCUUGUCUUUCCUGCUGGUUUUAGUUUGCCUGAUAAUUCUAUUAACAUAGCACUGGGCUAUGUAACAGCUUGUAGGGCUUGUGUUUUGUACAACCAUCCCAUAUUUGAGAUGGUAGUAUUUUAGGAUAAUACUGUAUUUGUUAAAUAAAUGGAUAGUUCACCUAGCAUGGUGGAACCAGCCUAGUCAAAUCAAAUCAAAUUUUAUUUGCCACAUGCGCCGAAUACAACAGAUGUAGACCCUUAGUGAAAUGCUUACUUACAAGCUCUUAACCAACAAUGCAGUUUUUAAGAAAAUAAUAGAUACGUUUUUAUUUUUAUUUUUUAUAAUUAAAUAAUAAAGAGCAGGUGUAAAAUAAAAUAACAGUAGGGAGGCUAUAUACAGGGGGUACCGGUACAGAGCCCUAAUAGCUGUCUUCACCUUCCUGUUUUGACACGUGAAGUGAUAUAGAAUGGUGAACGUUGCAAGGCUGGUUCCACCAUGCUCUAGUUCACCUACCUCUCCAAAUUAGAUGAACCAUCCCUUUAGCCCUGUGUUUGAAAUGAGCUAAUUUCACGACAAUCAUAAUAAUUAGGCCUAAACACUUCUUUUUAACUUAACGCACAAUUAGGCCAUCUUAUUUUGAUUGGCUUUCAAGUGUUAAAACAUGAAUCCACCCUGUCCCCAUGUAUUCAGCAAUCACUGACAUGACAUCUGACUGUCCAGCUUGUCCAAUGCAUCCACCUCUUUCUAACAACAGAGUUCUCUGUGUGAUGUGAUUUACAGGUGAAGUGGACGAUGGAGGUGCUCUGCUACGGCCUGACCCUUCCUCUGGACGGGGACACGGUCAAGCUGUGUGUGGACGUCUACACGGACUGGAUGAUGGCGCUGGUCACUCCUCGCAACUCCAUCCCCCAGCCCAUCGUCAAGGAGCCCAACUUCUACGUGCAGACCAUCCUCAAACACCUCCACAACCUCUUCAUGCCCAGGUACAAGCUAACUGUAUGUCUACGCUCUCUGGCUAACUGUUGUCUACGUUCUAGUUAGCCGCUAACUUUGUGUCUAAGCUCUCUGGCUAACAAUGUGUCUACGCUCUAUUUAGCCGCUAACUCUGUGCCUACGUUCUAGCUACCCACUAACUGUGUGUCUACGCUCUAGCUAGCUGCUAACUGUGUGUCUACGCUCUAGCUAGCCGCUAACUGUGUGUCUACGCUCUAGCUAGCCGCUAACUGUGUGUCUACGCUCUAGCUAGCUGCUAACUGUGUGUCUACGCUCUAGCUAGCCGCUAACUGUGUGUCUACGCUCUAGCUAGCCGCUAACUGUGUGUCUACGCUCUAGCUAGCCGCUAACUGUGUGUCUACGCUCUAGCUAGCCGCUAACUCUGUGCCUACGUUCUAGCUACCCACUAACUGUGUGUCUACGCUCUAUUUAGCCGCUAACUGUGUGUCUACGUUCUAGCUUACUGUGUGUCUACGCUAUAGCUAACAGCUAACUGUAUGUCUACGCUCUAGCUAACCGCUAACUAUGGGGUAUCUUAUGCAAUGUUCUACAUUACAACUUCUUGACCUUAAGGCUCCAAUCUCUAAAGGUUGCAGUACAUUGCUUAUGUAACAUGGUAAUUCUAAAUAGGGACAGAUACCCUCCAAUAGUUCAUCAAACCAAAUCACAAGGCUUAGAGAGAACGGAGUAUGGAAGAGGUUUAUAACAGGCUUCUCUUUAUAAAUGUGGUCCCCAACUCUCUCUUUCUUCACCUCCCUCCCUCCUCUUUUAGGCCGGAGCACUACAGCCCCAUGCACUUCCGGCUGUGCCAGCAGGUGCUGACGGCAGUGCUGAAGCUGGCCAGGGAUUCGGGCAGCGGCAUGGCCCGGGAGACCUGGGAGGUGUUGCUGCUCUUCCUGCUACGCAUAAAUGACACUCUGCUAGCCCCGCCCACUGUCGGAGGUCAGUCCAUCGGAACAGAUGCAAUUAGGCUGCCUUUACACCGGCAGCCCAAUUCUGAUCUUUUGCCCAAUUAUCGUCAAAAGAGCUGAUUUGAUUGGUCAGAAGACCAAUUAGUAGAAAAAUAUCAGAAUUGGGCUGCCUGUGUAUAGGCAGCCUUUGAGUACUUUUCGUAGUGUCGUGGGGAACUUCUAACAUCCACUUAAGUCAAAUUUUUACUUAGUCUCCCAUUGAUAUCAAUACAUAAUUAAUAAGUGGAUAUUAGGAUUUGUCCCAUAAUGGUUUUGGCUUUGACUAAGUUAAUUGACUUAGUUGCUAAUAUUACUAUUUAGUUCCAAAUGAAGAUGCAGUGUUCUUUCUCAUAUGCUAUUUUAUGCACCCAGAACAUUCUUCCUAUUCAAAGUUACUCACCCCUGUCCGCCAUCCCCCAACUCUCUCAGGUGGGAUAGCGGAGAAGCUGGCUGAGAAGCUGAUCAGCGUUCUGUUUGAGGUGUGGUUCAUGGCCUGCACACGCUGCUUCCCCACGCCGCCCUACUGGAAGACGGCCAGGGAGAUGCUGGCCAACUGGAGGCACCACCCGCCCGUGGUGGAGCAGUGGAGCAAGGUCAUUGCUGCCCUCACCUCCAGGUAGCCACACCACAACAAGACCAGUGGUCGCCAACCCUGUGUUUGCAGGCUUUUGUUUACGCUCAGUGCUCAAACAUAUGGGUCCCGUUCAGUAGGGCAUAACGUUUUGAAACAUAUGUGAGUGCUCAAGUUCAGGUAGGACAAAACUAGUUGGAUAACAGGCAGGAGUCAUUUCUCUCAGCAGUCAUUUCUAGAUAAAAAAAUGUUUGUUAAUGUUCAAAUAAGAAAUGGUUGAAAUGGAAAGUGUAAAUGUUCUGUUUUGGCACAGACUGUUGCGGUUCACCUACGGUCCGUCCUUCCCUCUGUACAAAGUCCCAGAGGAGGAGGCCAACCUCAUCCCUACUGAGAUGGACAAUGACUGUGUGGCUCAGACCUGGUUCCGCUUUCUGCACAUGCUGAGGUGAGUUCCACACAGCUAGCUAUCUGGGUCUGUGUCACAGAAUAAGAGUUAUUACUGUUUACACCUGGAAUGGAUUCGGUAUAAAUGCUCCCCGAUGACCUAAUUUUAGUAUAAUAAAAUGAUACUGGGAUGACUUUUUUUGGAUCAUCAUCCGAGACAGAUCACACUGUUUAUUUCAAUGAAGAACAUACUGGAUGGACCUCACUUUUUUUUAUCCAAAGGUACAAGAAAAUGAUUCUAGAUGAUCUAAGAAAGUGAUCUGGGGAAAUAUUGUAGUAAAUAUUGUAAUAGGCUACAUCAAUGUAACUGUUACUCUCUCAUGGCUGGGUUGUGGAGAGAAAUAACAUGCUCAGGACCAAUUUUUGCACCUCGACAUUAAAAGUCCCCCCUCCCGCUCCUUCUCUUGCAGUAACCCGGUGGACCUGAGCAGCCCUUUGACGGUCAGCUCCACGCCAAAGUUCCAGGAGCAGCUGCUGGGGGUGAGCGGCGUACCCCAGGAGGUGAUCCAACAUCACCCCUGUCUCAAGCAACUGCCCCAGAUCUUUUUCAGGGCCAUGAGGGGGGUCAGCUGCCUGGUGGACGCCUUCCUGGGUAAGACUACCUCACCUCACCUUAGCAUUGCUUUUUAUCCAUACUGUUACAGUUGACUUUGGCCCUGUCCAGAAACAUCCCCUAGCCUCUUCCUCUAGGCAAUUCAUGUAGAUCAGGGCCCGUAUUCAUAAAGCUUCUCAGAGUAGGAGUGCUGAUCAAGGAUCAGUUUUUCCCUUAUAUAUCGUAAUUAAUAAGAUGACAUCGACGAGGGUGUUGACCUGAUUCCAGAUCAGCAUUCCCUACUCCGAGACAAUUUCUUAAUACGGGCCCUUAAAAAUUGGAUAGGUAUGUAAUGAUAUUAGUUCCAUGUUGUCCACUGAUAGGCUGGCUGGAGAUUUUUUCAUAUUUCUUACACAUAUCCAAUCCCUUCAGUUCUCGUGUUUUGCUGGAGAACUUCUGACCAAGAGAUCAUGUACAUCUUCCGUCCCCUCUAGGUGUUGGGGUCGCAAAGAGAGAGAUUCGAGAGAAACUGCCCUCUUAUGGUACUUAGUAAACUGCGUCUUUGUCAUUCAAAUGAAGGGUAAAAGGGUUCUGAUUUUGUGGACAAUGAUCAUGGAAAGCAUGGAAAGAUGUUAUUUGACUUAGUAACACCUUGAUUUUAUGACCAGCAACGACUAAAGGCUUUUGUUAAUGGGUUGACCCCUCAACUUGUCCUGGCUUGUUUACUGGCUUUUAAACAAGAACCAGACAUUUUCAAAUGAAAAGAGCUUUAUUGUAAUUUUCUCAUUUCAUUUCUCUACUGUCUUGUGCCCGUUGAGCUACACCAGGGCUCUCCAACCCUGUUCCUGGAGAGCUACCGUCCUGUAGGUUUUCACUCCAACCCUAAUUAGGAGGGUCCAGGAACAGAGUUGGAAUGCCCUGCUCUACACCUCCCAACAGUCUUAGACUUCAACCAUGUUUGUAUUUCUGAACUCAAGCAGACCUCUCUGCAUUUUGGCCCUAUACUUAAUCAAAGCACUGUCACGCAGUCUAUAUACUUCCCUAAAUCUCUUGACAUCCCCAUGUUUAAAGAAACACAUACAUUGUUUCUAGCAUGCAACGCAACACUACUUCGAUUCAUCUUUUGGUUAAUAGUAGUAGACCCCCAUUUUGAAAAUCGCAGACUAGGAUUAGCUAUGUGGCCAAUUAUGUCUUACAGUACAGUGCACAAACACAGAACGUCUUUAAUAAAUACCUAACAUAACUUCAUAACUUGUUGAGCAGUUAUUUGGCCCAACAACUAAACCUCCAUUUUGUGUUUCAGCUUUUCUGUCAUUUUUCUCUUUUUCUUUCUUGUUCUAGUUUCUUCUUCUUCGUCCCCAGAAACAGCGCUAGUGUCUCUCUCUCCCUCAGGAGUGACAGUUUCUCCUAGGACCAAUAUACGUGACAGACUUCCCUCUCUAGGUACACUAUUAAACCGGACCUAACCCAAUCAAAUCCAAUCAUUAACAUUGCACAGGCGUCUGUGGACAUAACGAACUGGAUUUCCUGUAGUGGUGUUUGGGCAUAAGACAAAAGGUGCCACACUUCUACAGUCACGAAAAACAACAUACUCAUACACAUCUAUGGGAGGAAAAAAAAACAUUCACCGUGUCAGAAUGUGAAACUGCGAAGUUGUUUUUGAUUCUUCAUUUUGAUCGAUGGCUGUGUCAGCUGCCAAAAGAACAGGUGAAUGUUGUCAUGGUUGGUUUGUCGGCGUUCUGAUAUUCCAGGCUGUGCUUUGACCACUUUCUUUCCUUCAGGUGCCGCCGUGUCUAGGAACAAUUUCCGAGAAAGGCUUCACUCCAUGCCCUCCUAUGGUACUCUGUAGUAGUUUGCUCCCAAACAAUCAUAAAGGGAGCUGAAUACAUUUUGAUGGAUUUGCUGGGGUUGGCAAAAAGCUGAUUUGUGUGGUGAACGUAGCUGGUGCAUGCACUUAAAGGGCAACUCCACCACUUUUAAACCUCAUUUUCAUUAUCUCCAGCACAAUACCAGUGUCAACAUAUGUGAAAAUGGCACUUUUGUAGAAACAAAUAUGAAGUUAAAAGUUCUACCUGAGGACAUCAUAAAACGUUUCAACAUUUUAAAAACACUAACUGAGAUUCGCUGUGAUGUGGAGAGCAAGAAAAUACCCUCCCUUGGGCUAGAAACUUGUUGCAGGUUUUGGAAAUCACAGUUUGUUUACUUUUAAUCUUAUAAAAAUCAUUAUUUUUUCUUAUGACCUUAUCUUUUUAAUCACUUAGAAAUGUGCUGUUUUCACAUAUGUAAACACUGGUUUGGUGCUGGAGAUUAUGAAUAUGAGGUUGAAAAAUGGUGGACAUGCCCUUUUAAAUCCAUAAUCACUUUCAGGACCGCAGCGACAAACAGUCUCAAUCCUGAAAACCUCACUUCCCUACCCCUGUAUUUUGGGUCUUUUCAUAUAGGCUAGUAGAAAAGCAUUACACAUUUACAGUAUAGGCCUGUUAGUAAUAACCCCUCGCUUUGACUAUACUAUUGGGAGCUUUUUAGGUACACUUGAAUUGAAGCAGCCUUUCAUGAUUCUGUCAAUAUAAAUGCAUAAUGGAUGAUAUAGCAAGGUAUGACUGUUUAUGACAAUCAAACCUGCUCUUAUCCUUCCUUAUCAACCAGAAAAUAGAUUUGAUCAACUUUGAAAGUUAUAAUGGAGAUAAUUGGUUGGGGAAAGUGUUGUCAUAAUCUUCCAUGGCGUGUUUGGAGAGACAUUGUGUAGUGUGUGUGGCAGCAUCACCGUGGCAAUGUAUGUCAAGUUGCUUCAAGACUUGUGUUUAUAAAACAUAUCCUCGUUAGCUUAGCUAGCAAACCCACUAAACGGACCAUACAGUCCAAUUGGCAUCUGCAGCAGUUUGGUGCACCACGUUGCAUCAUCAGUGCUGAAAUCUGUGAAAGAUGGCUAUCAAUCAAUCAAAUGUAUUUAUAAAGCCCUUUUUACAUCAGCAGAUGUCACAAAGUGCUUAUACAGAAACCCAGUUUACCUAUAAAUUGUUUUGGGCUUCACUGAAAAUUGCAGAAAGAGGUUUAGAGGGUUUGAUCCAUGUGGUAAUGUGAAGCACUCACCCAAAUCGAUGUCAGUGUGGACAGUAACUAUAUGCAUGUAUCUGUUUGAUAGUCUGCGCCAAGCAUCUGAAUAAGUAAAGUGUUGUCAAUCAAAAUUAGCUAUCUAGCCACCCCAAGGCUAUGAAGGGAAAAUGUGACAUUGGGAAACUUGCUCGAUGUAUUGUGGUGUGGAUUUUUCUCUCUUAAAAAAAAAUGUAUAUACUUAUUUUUAUAAAUGUUUUACAUUGUUCCUUUAUCUGUGGUGAAUAUCACCCAGCAAAGAAGACAUCUAUCCACAUCACAUGGCUUGUGCAUUUUGAGCUGGUAUCUUUCUCUCUUGUGGAGGAAGGGUGAACCGCAAAGAUGAUGAGCUGCCAAUGUUGACGUUACUAACAUCCUCCCUGAUCCGAGUGGCGCUUCUAACCAAAAUAUGGGUGGAGGGGAAAUGGGACCCGAUUGGUCCUUGCUGUUUUCACCUGAAACACCAGAAUAUCCUCUGAUGCGCCUCCUCUCUCUCUCCCUCAGGUAUCUCCCGCCCCCGGUCGGACAGUGCCCCGCCCACCCCUAUCAACAGACUGAGCGUGCCGCCGCCCCCCACCACCACCAACACCACGCCCCCUCACAGCCGCCGCAACAAACCCACGGGGGUCAUCAAGACGGCCAGUAAAACCUCCACAGUAGGUUCCUACACCAGAGUAGUUUUUUCCUCAGAUGGCCCAUUUGUAUCAGAGUAAAAUCGAGAUCUGAAGUAAAAUGGGAGAAAUACGGCAUCCCUUUGCCAAGGAAGCCUCAGACGAUCAUGGGAAUAAAUAUUAAUGUCCCAUAACAUUUAUAUUCUUAAUAUGCCCGUUUGACAGUGAAUUAAUUCAUUCCUGGUUAUCCCCCACCCUCCUACCCAUCCAGGCGAAUAUGACGCACCAACCCAAAGUGUCCCACCAGCCGUCCUCCACCUCUCCCCUGUCCAGCCCCAACCUGACCAGCUCUGAGCCCCGGCCGCUGCCCGCCCCCACUAGGCCCAAGGUCAACAGUGUCCUCAACCUGUUUGGCCAGUGGCUGUUUGACGCCGCACUGGUGCACUGCAAGCUCCACACGGGCCUGAGCCGAGACAAUAGCUUGACUGGUAAG